AUGCCUACGAAGAAGAAAACACUGAUGUUUUUAUCCAGCUUCUUUACAAGCUUCGGGUCAUUCAUCGUAGUCUGCUCCAUGCUUGGGACUCAAGAAUGGGUCAGCAGUCAAAUUGCCAUCAGUGACUCGUCUUCAAACGGUAGUCUUGUUAUCACCUAUGGACUUUUUCAAGGCAAGAGUCACCAAGAAUUCAGUCAUGGACUUGAGGAAUCACAAAAAGGCUUUGAAGUUCUAGAGAAGUUGAACAAUUCUUCCCGAAGAACGCUGCACCUGGUGGCCGUCCUGCUGCUGGUGCUCAGCCUGUGCACGUCGCUGCUGAGUUCCGGGUUCACCUUGUACAACAGCAUCAGCAACCCCUACCAGACGUUCCUGGGGCCCGUGGGCGUGUACACCUGGAGCGGCCUUGCUGCGUUGUUCGUUUUCCUGACCAUGAUACUGUUCGUGGCCAACACACAAUCCAAUCAUCUCUCGGAAGAGCUGGCCCAGAUGCUGUACCCGCUGUAUCCAACAACCACCUACAGAGGAACGACCCACAGCUACGGUUACUCGUUUUGGCUCACGCUCCUCGUCAUUCUUCUAAGUGUUGUCACCGUGGUCAUCAUCGUUUUCUACCAGAAGGCCAGGCACCAGCGGAAACAGGAGCAGAGAAAGCCAAUGGAAUACGCUCCCAGAGAUGGAAUUUUAUUCUGAACUCUAUGUUACGUUGUCUCGUCAUUAUGUCUAGUCUGUUGUACGUCAGCCCCCGAGAGGUUACUGGCUAGCUUGUCUGGACAAUCCGCAUGGUUAAGGGCAGCCCUGGUUGGCUGUCACUUUGUGAUAGUUUUGUAUCUCGUGACGCUCCUUAAAUGAUGUACCCUUGACCAGGUUUCUUCCCUCUAGGGUGGGGAAGAGGAAAGGGAAAUGUCUGCAGGCCAUGCAGCGUUCAAAGCAGUAGAAUGAUUCCAAGACCAUGGAUCCUUCCAGCCCGGUC